GCUGCUGAGGACGAUGAUUUGACAGUUUUAACACCCUCCUCCAAUGCUAUGUUAUCAAUAGAUAUGACUAAUAAUUUAAACACUGAAACACCAAUAUGCUACGAAACUUCAUUAGAACGCUCACAGACAAAUGAUGUUAUCAGCUAUGAUGAAAAAGAUGAUGAUAAUUCAUAA